GAGACAGGAAGGUGGCAUAGGAAGGAGCCCAUUUGCAUGACAAUAAUUGAGCCAAGAAUAGAAAGCUAGAGGGAUGCAAGGGUGAGGCUGGCAGCUGAGUUGGGCAAAACCUCACAAAUCAGACUACCCAGCUCUGCUCUGCAGGGGAGGCGGGGGCUGAGCCCUGUGCCAAAUUAUGGCAGGGAGGGAGGAGGGAGCCCGACAUGGCCCCAGGGGAUUGUGGGAUCGCCUGGCCAGGCUGGACUUUGCCUACUCCUCCACUCGGAGCCUGGAGACAGCCCCUGCUUGCCUUUUCCUUUGUGAAUUCUGUGGCUGGAGGGCUAAGUGGGCAUCAUGGCAGCUCAGAAGGAUCUCUAUGAUGCCAUUGUGGUAGGGGCAGGCAUCCAGGGCUGUUUUACUGCGUAUCACCUGGUCAAACACGGGAAGAGGGUCCUCUUGCUGGAGCAGUUCUUCUUACCACAUUCCCGAGGAAGCUCCCAUGGGCAGAGUCGAAUAAUCCGAAUGGCAUACCCUGAAGAUUUUUACACCCAGAUGAUGCAUGAGUGCUACCGGAUAUGGGCCCAGCUGGAGCACGAGACUGGAACCCAGUUACACAGGCAGACUGGACUGCUUCUGCUUGGCAUGGAGGACAAUCCAGAAUUAAAGACAAUCCAGGCUACUCUGUCUAGGCAGCGGGUGGCCCACCAGUGUCUUCCACCCGAGGAACUGAAGCAGCGUUUCCCCAACAUUCGGUUGACCAGGGGCAAAGUGGGUCUCUUGGAUGAGUCUGCAGGAGUCCUCUAUGCGGACAAGGCCCUGAGAGCCCUCCAGGAUGCAAUUCAACAGCAAGGAGGUAUAGUGUGUGAUGGAGAGAAGGUGAUGGAGAUAAACCCAGGGCUACCAGUCAGGGUGAAAACCACCUCCAGGAGCUACCAUGCCAAGAGCCUGAUCAUCACAGCCGGUCCUUGGACCAAUAGGCUCCUCUGUCCCCUGGGAAUUGAGCUGCCUCUCCAGACCCUGCGGAUCAAUGUGUGUUACUGGCGAGAGAAGGUUCCCGAGAGCUAUGGUAUGUCCCAGGCCUUUCCAUGCUUCCUGAGCCUGGACCCCAGCCUGGCUCCCCACAUCAUAUACGGGCUGCCAUCCAGAGAGUAUCCAGGGCUGAUGAAGGUCUGCUAUCACCACGGCAACAACGCGGAUCCCGAGGAGCGGGACUGCCCUGCAGCAUUCUCAGACAUCCAAGACGUCCAAAUCCUGAGCCGCUUUGUCAGAGAUCACCUGCCUGACCUGGAGCCCGAGCCGGCCGUCAUGGAGCGCUGCAUGUACACGAACACUCCUGAUGAGCACUUCAUUCUCGAUCGGCACCCAAAGUAUGACAACAUUGUCAUUGGCGCUGGGUUCUCUGGACAUGGAUUCAAGUUGUCCCCUGUCGUGGGGAAGAUCCUGUAUGAAUUGAGCAUGAAAUUAACACCUUCCUAUGACUUGACACCUUUUCGAAUCAGCCGCUUCCCUGACCUGGGCAAAGCCCGCCUUUGACCUCUGGCCAACAGCCUCUCUUUUGUGCAUCAGAGCUGGGAAUAAAACCCUCCAUGGGAGAAGAGCACAAGGGACUAUGGUGAUGGUUCACGGGUGAAUUGGUGGUGGGAAUCUUAUGGGGAAUACACAACGACGUAAAAGAUAUAAAAAAAAUUAUUAGGGGCCUCCCUCAUGGCUCAAGUGGUUAAGAUGCAACCUAUGAAGCUAUCCACAGCCACUGCAGCACAAGUUUGAUGGGGAACUACCCACAUGGCACAGCAGACCUCUCCUGACUCACCUGCUGCUCCCCUCAGCAGUGUAUUUCAGUAGAUCCACCUGUUCUGCUCCCCACUCUGUCUCUGGUGAAUCCUCUCACCUCCUGCAUCUCUGGCCUGCACCCCAGCUCUUG